ACUUUUCAGCAUUUUAACUUAAAAAUAGGUUAAUGGCAUUGAACUUUAGUUUAAAGUCUGGGUAAGUGGGUAAAUCGUUGAUAAUUCCUCAAUAACAAUCAUUAAACUCUAUUCUAUUCUAUUAUAUAACUGAAUAAAUAUAAUGGAAAAAUAAAUUAACGAAACAAUUAAUAAAAAAGGAAGGAUCUUGUUGGUAGAGUUUUAAAUUUGAAAUUUUUAUCUUUGGAUUAGUUAAGUCAAUAAUAUUAAAGGUAGGUAGAGUUCUUGUUCAAAAGGACCUUAACCAUUGGUAGAUAGAAAAAAACACCCAUAUAUUUAAUACACCGGGUGUACUACUCUCUAUCUGCCUCUACUCUAUUCCAUUGGUAUCGUCAUGACAACGAAAUUUCGGAUGGGUAGAACAGCAAAGGAGGAUAACAAGUUUUUAUUAUAAUGGCGAGUAGGGAGGGGUAAACCGAUGCUCUUUCUCUCUGUUCCGAAAGUACAGCCCACUUACAUAUUGCUCUCUCUAUCUUCAAUAUUAUCGCUAUGGUAACGGUACACCCCACCCACCAUAAUCAGUAUUACAAUUUACUUAUGAUGGAAUCAGCGUUGCCACACUAAACAUUGUUAUCAGAUUAUAACCUACUUUUUACAGUUUUUGAUAAUUUCAUCGUUAUACAAUUUUUUAUUUGGUCAAAUAAAUUCAUAUUUUAUUUUUGUUUUGCGUCAUCUAGUCUUGUUGUAGCAAAAAUAUGUGAUAUGUUUAUCAUUUUUUAUCGAUUUAAUACAAUUUGGAAAAUAUUUUAGGUACAUAUAGAUAGUAUGUGAAACUGCAUGUAUCUGCCUCACUGAAUAUCAUGGUACAAUUAUAAAAUUGUGAUUGUAUUUGUUGAUAAUCAUUUUUGAUUUAACAAAAAAUAUGUAUUUCUCUUUAAAAUACAUUUCUUUUUCUUCCUUCAUUGCAAUUAUUAUUGUUACUACAUAUUUAAUUUAUAAAAAACACUUUGUCGAAAGAAAUAUUUUAACAUAAUUUUAAAGAAAAUCUGAUAGCUUUGGCAACACUGUGUCUUAAUUUCGUCAAUGGCACCUGACAACGCUGAUAUGCUGCAGUUUAUCUAUGUAAUUAUCAAAUUGUGAAAUCUCUUUGCUGUAAUCAUUGGAAUUUCUACCGCGAUAGGGAUUUGUCACAAUACACGUUCAAAUAAUCAUCAUUUUCACGAUGAAUUCUAUAGAUUUUACAAGUAAAGCCAUUGUUUUUAUAACGGGGGCUUCCAGAGGUAUAGGACGAACAAUUGCUAUCGAAAUAUCAAGAAAAUUGGAGCAGAAUUCAAUUUUAAUAUUACUAGCUAGAUCUAAAUCCGGCUUGGAAGAAACUAAAACUCAAAUCGCCGAGGUGGAUAAGUCAAUAACAGUGGAAACAAUCGCAGUAGAUUUAUCUAAACCAGACAUUAAUGAGUAUAAUGAUAUUUUCAAAAAGGUAUUAAGCAAUGUUGAUACUAAAGAUAUUAAAACCGCGAUAUUUUUCCACAAUGCUGCUCAUAUUGGAACAAUUAAAAAGACUACAGAUUUAACAGACUUGGAAGUUUGGAGAGAAUAUUACGAUCUGAAUAUGUUUUCAUGCGUAUUAUUGAAUAAUGUAUUUGUUAAGCAUAUGAGACCCGUUGCUCCACAACUUUGUGUUAUAAAUAUUAGUUCAUUGGCAGGAAAAACUCCUUUAUCAAACUUGGGAAUGUAUGGUUCUGGUAAAGCUGCCCGAGAAUUAUUUUUCAAAGUAUUCGCCUUGGAGGAACCAAAUAUUAUUGUAUUUAAUUAUAGUCCAGGUCCUGUAGACACCGAAAUGUUUGACAGUAUUGUACAAACUGCUCAAUCUGAGGAUGUCAGAAAUUCCUUCAGGGAGAUUAAGAAUAGUAGUGUCCUUACUCCUGCGAAGACAGUAAAUAAGUUGCUCGAUAUAAUCGAAAAGGGUGAUUUCAAAAGUGGAGAUUGCAUUGAUUAUUACGAAAGAUAAAGGAUUCUAUCAAAUAUGGUUUAUUUUAACAAAACUGGUUAUUACAUGAGCUUUUUAUGGACAUUAUGUACCCCAAGUUGAGGUAUGAAAUUAAAGACAACGUUUUAUUCUUAUAUUAAAUAUAUUAAUUGAUAUGAAAUUUGAGUAUAACGAAAUUUUUGACAUAUUCUGAAUUUACAAGACGUUAAUGUUUUUUUGUAAAGUAUAUUUUAUAUAGAUUUUUAUUGUUUUGAGAUCUUUUUAAUAUCAUAUAGUUUAUUGCUAUUAAAUAAUAACUAUUUUUUCUAUGUAUUAUAAUAUUCGAAUAAAUUUUCAAAAGCA